AUGACACCUCUGACACCUCUGCGGCCCCUAUUGGCAGGACGCCUCUGCGCCCCCUAUUGGCAGGACGCCUCUGCGCCCCCUAUUGGCAGGACGCCUGUGCGCCCCCUAUUGGCAGGACGCCUCUGCGCCCCCUAUUGGCAGGACACCUCUGCCCCCUAUGGGCAGGACGCCUCUGCGCCCCCUAUUGGCAGGACGCCUCUGUGUCCCCUAUUGGCAGGACGCCUCUGUGUGGGGGUUAGGGGUGGUUCCAGACAGAAUAGGUUAGUGCGGAGGUCAUCCUUAGUUAGAGCAGCACUAGUCCAGAAACCAACACCAGUCCAGAAACCAACACCAGUCCAGAAACCAACACCAGUCCAGAAACCAACACCAGCCCAGAAACCAGCACCAGUCCAGAAACCAGCACCAGUCCAGAAACCAGCACCAGUCCAGCAACCAGCACCAGUCCAGAAACCAACACCAGUCCAGAAACCAACAUCAGUCCAGAAACCAGCACCAGUCCAGCAACCAGCACCAGUCCAGAAACCAACACCAGUCCAGAAACCAGCACCAGUCCAGCAACCAGCACCAGUCCAGCAACCAGCACCAGUCCAGAAACCAACACCAGUCCAGAAACCAGCACCAGUCCAGCAACCAGCACCAGUCCAGAAACCAGCACCAGUCCAGAAACCAACACCAGUCCAGAAACCAACACCAGUCCAGAAACCAGCACCAGUCCAGAAACCAGCACCAGUCCAGAAACCAACACCAGUCCAGAAACCAGCACCAGUCCAGAAACCAACACCAGUCCAGAAACCAGCACCAGUCCAGAAACCAGUGCCAGUCCAGAAACCAACACCAGUCCAGAAACCAGCACCAGUCCAGAAACCAACACCAGUCCAGAAACCAGCACCAGUCCAGAAACCAACACCAGUCCAGGCAGUUACCAACCAAGACGUUUGGACAACCAGACACAAAGCAGGAGUUCAAAUCCACUUGUCCUACCUACCGGACCACAGAGGUUACAACGCAUGA